AUGGAUGUGGCCGGAUUCCAGCCCGCCGAGGCGCCGCACCCCUCCGCCCCACUCGCCCAUGCCCUCGGCCCGCGUGUCGAGGAUUUCUCCUUCGCCCCGAGGGCUGUUUCUUCCUCAUCCGACGUCUCGCCCGACGAGGAUGGUCCCCGCUGGCGCCCUUGUGACGCCCGCGACGGUCUUGUCCUCCUCGAUUGGAUAUCCCUCAAGGCCCGCGUCAUCAACGGCUGGAGCUACUCCAAAGAUGGCUCCGAAGUAAGCAUCCUCAUGGACAGUUGGGAGCUCGUUGACUUCUGCGACGAUGGUCGCCGCCUCGCGUGGAUCAAACGGGAUCAGUGCAAUGCCGCUGACUUUCACCUUGCCGUAUGUGACCCUCUGUCCUGCAGAUAUGUGCUGCUUCCAACCAUACCUGAGGACCUGGCUUCCCAGCCGCAGGAUCCCCUACGAGAAUUCGAGCCCAUGCUUGUCCCAAAAACCAGCAACGACGGCGAGGAGGAGCCCUUCAAGGUAAUAUGCAUAGCAAGAUACCGAACAAAGCUCGUCCUCUUUGUCUUCCAGUCUACAACUAUGCAAUGGUGUGUGGUCGAGUCCCCUGCCCUCCCGUAUUUGAAAGACAUGUCCUAUUUUGACCGUGUAAGAGACUGCUUUUACUGGACACGUCUUUGGUUUUGGAGUGACCAUUUGAUGGUGCUGGACACACGCACUUUGAAGUUUUCAACCGUCAAUUUUCUCACCGGCUACCAUGUACAGCUCAGAGACACAGACCCAAGCUUUGGUUAUCGGCGUCCAAAUGCAGUUGUUGAGGGUAGGGAAGGAGGCAUUGAUAUGUUUUCUCUUUUAUGUCAACAUGGGUCCUAUUCUCUCCACAAUACCUCUCUGCGGGAUAACUCUCAUGAAUGGAAGCUGGAGAAGAUCAUACAACUACCUGGGCAGUAUAAGGCCUAUUCCAUUUCGACAGUGGGUGCAGCUGAGGGGUUCUUGUUCUUCCAAGGUGCUCCGCUUGGCAUUAAGUUUGAGAAUGUUGAUUGUUACUCAAUGGAUAUCAAAACUUAUGAAAUUACCAAGGUCUGUACAAAGAUGGUGAAUUUCUUUGGUCGCAGACGCGCCAUCCCAUACUUUAACUUCCCACAACUAUUAUCUGAACCAACUAUUUGA